AUGUCUGACGAAAAUACGUCUGAAGUUAAACCAGAAGUUGAAGAAACGAAACGUGUCUAUACUCCAUACAUCAAAUUGCGCGGUUUGCCGUUUUCAAUUAAUGAGGAGGAAAUUAGGGAGUUUUUUGGAGGUAGGACGUGUUUUUUACGAAAUUUAGGGGAAAGUUUUGAUUUUCAUCGUGUUCAUAGAAAUAAGGGGAUUCGAAUGAUAUAAUUUUUGAAGACUUAACGUAACUCCUAAGUGAUUUAGCGACUAAACAUUGCUAAAUCACUUAUGAGUAACGUUAAAUGGCCCGGCCACCAAGAAAUCUGGUCUAAAAUGAAAAAUAUUCGACCAGGUUUAUUUCUGGGUUGCCGGGUCAUUUAACGUUAGUGAUUUAGCGAUGUUUAGUCGCUAAAUCACUUAGGAGUUACGUUAAGUCAUUAAAAGUUAUGCUGAUGACGAUUCCGAAGUCAAAAAUUGCCACAAAUUCCUGUGAGCAUAGUUCUGGAGCUCUAAAGUUAGAAAUGAGCCCAUUUUCACCAUAAUGAGGUUGUUCGCCACAUAAACUGAAAAGCUGAUUGGUUUUCGAAUGUGGCGAACAACGUUAGUUGAUUUUCGACCCGGGAGCAUGGUGAAAAUGGGCUCAAUUCUAACUUUGGAGCUCCAGAACUAUGAUCACAGGAAUUUGUGGCAAUUUCUGACUUCGGAAUCGUGAUCAGCAUGGUUGAUUUGGUAUAUUUCGACAUGUUUCGUCUCUUGUAAAUGACAUUUUCAUGUGUUUUUAGGUCAGGGAGCUGAAAUCUUGAAUUUUGAUCGUAACCAUAGAAUAGACACAUCUAAGCGGAUUCGAAUGAUAUAACUUUUGAUGACUUAACGUAACUCGUAAGGUUUAUCGACUAAACAUCGCUAAAUCACUUAUGAGUAAUGUUAAAUGACCCAGCGAUCUUGGUUGCCAGGACAUUUAACGUUACUCAUAAGUGAUUUAGCGAGGUUUAGUCGAUAAGGUCGCUAAAUCACUUAAGGAUCUCAGAAAGUGUCCUGACAGCCGUCCGCGAGGUUGCGAGCCGUCGAAAGCUAGCAGAGGCUGUCCGCCAGCUCGCAUUCUCAAAAAGGGGAGGAGCGAGCGCAUCUUCCUCGCCGCCAGCUAGCGCUAGCUAGCAGCUAGCUAGCGGACAGAAAAAUUGCGACUGGAGCAGAUUUGCUCGUCUAUUUCUUUUUUCAUUUUUUUUUCGAAUUUUCCGGCCUAAAAUCCUUUUAUGCUUAUUUUAUCGAACAUUUUCACAGAAAACACGCAAUCGACGUUGCAAAGUGUUGGAAUGGAGAAGGUGCACAUCGGAAUGCAUCUUCUUGAUAUAAAAAUGCGUUUUGGGUGAGUGCAGAUGAAAUUUAGUUCAGAAAAUUAGUGUAAACCUAUUUUUCAGUGUUCUCGAUGUCUGAUGGGUCGUAUUGGAUUGAAAUGGUGGAACGGAUGAGGAGAAAAACAAUGUUUGACAAAAUCCAUAAGGUAAGGUGUUUCGAAUGAAAACCUUGGAUUAUAGGUCCCAGUAGUUCUAAUAUCAUGCUCUAACGUAGAAACACAUCGAGUUCAUCACAAAAAGAAUGGAAUGUGAACUCAUUCUAUUAAAAAAUCUAAUGAAAAAGUUCUAUUCUCAUUUUUGUUACUCAAAUUCAUCUUGAAAUGAAUUCAAUUAAAUUUUUCCAUCAGUGCUUGAUAAAUUCUGAGAACUAUUGCCUUCUAGAAGAUAUAUAUGGAUAGUAAACAGUAGUUGCCAAGUAAUUUCUAUGUCAUUGUCAAGUCUAACUCCUAAAUCUCUUGUCAUCGCUAACUCACUUUCUACACACACCUUGUAACUUCAUUGUGUUAUCUAAACAAUGAACGCUGCCUCAGCAGUCUAUUUUUCAUUUUGCAGAUUAUAGGCUAUAUCGGAAUAUGUAACUUGAAACACUUCAAACAUGACUCGAUUUUUUCCCAUUUCCCAAUGUCCUAUAUUUUUAAAACUAAGUUUCCAACACGAUUCACAUAUUCAGAUUCUACAAUCAUCGGCAAAGUCUUCGCAGCCUGGAAAACAUCACAAACACCCUCCACACUUCCACAUCCACAGGAUUCUGAUAAUUAAUGUGUUUUUUAUUUAAUAAAUUGUUUUAAAAUAAACUCUAUGAAUUGCGAAAACAACAGGCAAACGCUAGCCAGCAGCGAGAACUGGCGAGGUUUCGCCAGAAAAUGGCGAGAAAAUGGACGGCCGUCUGCCGGCUCGCGUGCUAGCUGGCGAGAUUUUCUCGCCGACGGCUGUCAGGACACUUUCUGAGAUAACCUAAAGUCAUCAAAAUUUAUAUCAUUCUGUUCGUCUUAGACCAUUUUAUCAUAUGAAUAACGUUAGAACCCAAUAUUUCAACUCAUUUGUUUAAAAAUACCACGCGCUCCACACGCAACGCAGACCGCGUCGCGCCACAACACACAAAAAUAAGGGCAAAUACCGAAUGGGUUCGCGAAAUGCCUCCGGAGGCAUUUUCGAAUGCCUCCGCAAAAUGCCUUCGCGCUACCAAAUCAAAAAGCCUUCGCGAAUUCCAAAUGACUCCGCGCUCGAUAUUUCAAAAAUGUCGAAAUUCCUCCGGGGCUUCAAAAUGACUCCGCGCUAUCAAAUCAAAAUGCCUCCGCGAAUUCUAAAUGACUCCGCGGUAAAACCAUACAUGUUUUUCUCCCUGGAUCGACCCCUACAGUUAGCGAGACCUCAAAAAAAUUUUUUAAAGUUAGUAAGACCGUUAGUGUGGGGGGCAAAAGCCUCCCACACUAAAAAUUUUUUUUAUUUUUUUUUCGAAAAAAAUUGAAAAAUUUUGCAACACGUUUCCAGUAUGUGAACUCGAACUCUAUGAUAGCUACCAUUGGGUCCCUAACUCAGCGCUCUACCACUGCGCUAUGUGUGCCCACAUAACCCGCAUGCUGUUUUUCUCAUUUGAAUAGGAUACGUUUGAGAGAUAGAAAAAACACAAACAGUAAAUUACAUUCAAUUAUUCAAAAAAAUAUAGAAGAAAAUCAUGGAUUGAAUUGUAAAUUGAAAUACGAAUUCUUUAGACCUUAUACAACAAUAUAAAAGCUUAUCUUCAAUGAAUAAAUACGAUAAAAUACUUUUUCCAUUCGAAAAUGUUGAAAAUUGGUUAUUACCAGAAAACUCAAAACCUAGAAAAGUAUGUCAAUUGAUAUUUUCACUUGAAAAUUUGCACAGUGUGUCUAGAGGUCCUAUUGAGGUAUGUUGAACUAUGAAAUUGAUAAAUAAUGCUGCAUGGGGAAAAUAGUUGAGACCACUGGAUUUUAUCCAGGGUUAGCCUGGAUUUUAUCCAGAAUUUUAUAUAAGUGCCCGGCGGUCUCAGUAGACCUUUCAGAAAGGGCAUUUAUUCUGGAUAAUAAUUAAGAAUAGACCUUGUGGCAUAACCUAGAACGAUUUUCAGAUGCUAAAAUCAAUUUUGGUUUAACACUUUAUGAUGAUAAAAGUGGUGUAUUGAUGAAAAAAGUAGUUUUUCGAUAGUUUUUGGGUCGGCGGUCUCAGUAGACUUCUUAGAAAGGGGUUUUAUUUUGCAUAAUACCUAAGAGGGGACCUUGUAACAUAACCUAGAAUGAUUUUCAGAUGCAAAAAUCGAUUUUCGUUAACACUUUAUGAUGUUAAGAGUGGUGUAUUGUUUAAAAAAGUAGAUUUUUGAGAGUUUUUUGGUUCGGCGGUCUCACUAGAUCUUUCAGAAAAAGCAUUUAUUUUGGAUAAUGAGUAAGAGUGGACCUUGUGACAUAAUCUAGAGCAAUUUUGAAAACGAAAAAUUGUUUCAUGUUCAAAACUUUAUGAUGAUAACUAAUUAAAAAUUUUUUUCAAAAAAAAAAAAAGUUAGUAGGACCUCAAAUUUUUUUCGGAGUUAGUAAGACCGCAACCCUGGAUAAAUCCAGGGGUAAAACAUGUAUGGGUAAAACUUUCAAGAAUGUCAAAAUGACUUCGCGAACAAGGUGUACUUUUCAACACAUUUUUGGCCAAAAAGUUGAUUUUCAAUGAGAAUUAUCAUUUUCAAGGCGUUCACUAAGCCUAAGCCUAGAAACUUAGACGAUAGUUUGGUUAUACAAGUUCGGAUAUUAGGCUUAGGCUUAGUUAAACGCCCAGAAAGGUGCAGGAAACAUUCAAAACCACAUUUAAAUACGUUAACUAAGCCUAGGCCUAAAGUUGGAACUUGAACAAUCAAAAUAUUGAAAAAAUUUCUCCUUUUUUAAGAGUAAAAAAAAAUCUGGAAAAUAACAAUUGAAAUUUGUAGCUCAAAACGUGUUGAAAGGCCUUGUUUCGCGGACCCAUUUUGACAGUCUCAAAAUAUUCACCGCGAAGUCAUUUAGAAUUUGCGGAGGCAUUUUGAUUAGGUGGCGCGAAGUCAUUUUGAAACCCCGGAGGCAUUUCGACAUUUUUGGAAUAUGAACCGCGGAGUCAUUUUGAAUUCGCGGAGGCUUUUCGAUUUGGUACCGCGAAGGCAUUUUGCGGAGGCAUUCGAAAAUGCCUUCGGAGGCAUUUUGCGAACCCAUUCGGUAUUUGCCAAAAUAAGGGAUCCCUUUCUGUGUGUGUUGUUGCGCGACGCGGUCAGCGUUGCGUGUGGUAGAGCGCGAUGGGAUUUCUCGAUAAUACGAAUUAAUGUUUCAGAUUUGACCAUCAAACGUGUCAAAAUUCUUGCCGGCUUCAAUGGAAAAUCGAGCGGUGAAGCGAUGGUUGAAAUGGGAUCCAAUGAGGAUGCUGGAAAAGCGAUGGGAUUAGAUCGGAAGGAGAUCAAAAAGCGAUACAUCGAAGUGUUUUCAGCGCCUUUGUGCGAUGGUGAAGGUGCAUUUAAAGCAGCAGCCGGUGGAGGGGAAAAUGAUGGAUUUAUUGUUCGAUUGCGAGGUGUACCAUGGUCCUGUACUGAACAUGAUGUUAAGGAGUUUUUUGAAGGUUUGUUAAGUUAGGUUAGGGGGGUUAAGGAACAUUCUGGGUCUUCUUCUAAGCGGUUGGGUGUUGUCUCAGGGCUAGAAACAACGGAGGUGAUAAUUGGAACUGUGGGUGGGCCUGGAACCAAAGCGACGGGGGAGGCGUUCGCCAAAUUUGCGACCAUCGAACAAUCGCAAACAGCCAUGGAAUACAACAACAGACAUAUGGGAUCAAGGUGGGUUAGAGAGCGUUUUUGGACACCAAAAAUGCAGUUCUUGGGGUCCCGGUUGGGGGUCUCGGGUUGGUUUAAUUCUUGAAAUUGAUAUUGAUUUUAUCAAAUGUUGCUUUUCAGAUACAUCGAAGUUUUUCAAUCGAAUAAAGUUGAAUGGAAUAGAGCGAAAGGAAUACCAGGUAAAGCCCCAAAUUCUGGCCUAAAAAAUUUUUGAUAAAAAAUUGGCCAAAACAGUGAAUUAAUCAAAAAUUGGGCAAAUUCUGGCCUAAAAAUUUUUUAAGCAAAAAUUUGUUUUUUUUUUUAAUCGAAAAAACACGUUAUUUUCAAAAAAUCGAUAUUCAUCACAAAGUUGACGAAAAUUCUCGAUCAAAAAAUGAUUUUGUAGCUGAAAACUUCAAUUUUUCAAUAAAAUUGCGAAAGUAGCUUGAAAAAACAAUUUGAGAUAUUUUUUUCGAGCCAAAUUCGUGUUUCAUUGAAAAAUUGAAGUUUUCAGCUACAAAAUCAUUUUUUAUCGAGGAUUUUCGGUCAACUUUUAGAUGAAUAUCGAUUUUUUAAAAAAUGACGUGUUUUUUUAGGGAAAAAUCGAAAAGUUAUCUUAACUCUUGCAAUGAAAUUUUUGCUUACCAGAAAAAUUGGAAUUUCUUCCUGAAAAUAAAAGUUAUGGUAAUCAUUGAUAAAAACCGAUGGGAAAAAUACGUUUAUUUUUUUUUUUGAAUAAUUUUUUUCUGGAAAAUAAAAUCUGAUUUCUUGAUUCAAAAAAAUCGAUAUUCAUCUCAAAGUUGACGAAAGUUCUCGAUCAAAAAAUGAUUUUGUUGCUGAAAACUUCAAUUUUUCGAUAAAUUCGUGAUUUCAUUGAAAAAUUGAAGUUUUCAGCUACAAAAUCAACAUUUUUGAGCUGAAUAUAGAUUUUUUUUUCGCAAAUUAGGUGUUUUUUACUCGAAAAUUUACCGUAACUCAUUGAAAAAUAUGUUUUAAAAAAAUAUGGUAAUUUUUGACAAAAUUUCGCUCUAAAAAUUGGUUCUCUUUAUUAUAAACAACACUGGUGGCCGAAAAUGCACCAAUUCGUUUUUUGGCCAGAAAUUGACCAACUAUUGGUCAAUCGGUAAUUUUGGUCUGAAUUUCAAUUUUUGGCCAAAAUUUACAUGACCAAAAUUUGUCAAAAAAUUGAAAAAAAUGGCCAAAACGGCAAAUUUAUAAAAAACUCAUGUUAAAAAAUGCACCAAUUUUUGGUCAAUGAGAUCGUGAUCAGCACACCUACUAGAACUUUAAAUUAAAAUUUCCAUUUUACAGUCCCUGAAUCCUACCAACGAACUGGAAUUCGUCCAUUAAUGGCCAGCGGACAUGACACAUAUUAUAAUCCACCAGCAGCACAACAUCAUUAUGAUUAUUCAUCUGCCGGCAGAUAUGCCGAUCCUUAUGCUUAUGAUGCCUAUUCAGCUGGUUAUGAUCCAUAUGGAGCUGGAGCACAUGCGAGUUAUGGUGGAAAUGUUGGAUAUGAUGAACAAGCUAUGAGAGUUAGUCGAAGUCGCACAGGUGGUGGGAGAAAGUUGCAAAAAUUGGUGCAUUUUUUACCAAUUUUUGAUCAAAUCACUGUUUUGGCCAGAUUUUGGUCAAAAAAUUGGUCAGAAUUUGGCCAAAAAUUGACCAAAAUUCACGAUUCGACUGAAUUUUGGUCAAUUUUUGACCAAAAAAAAAACGAAUUGGUGCAUUUUUGGUCAAAAAAUGGUCAAGCUCCCACCCGCAAAAUUCAAGAAUUAAAAAAAAAUAAAAUUUUGCAGCUUUACAUGCGUGGGCUGCCAUUUGAUGCCGAUGCACAUGCUGUUGAAGCGUUUUUCUCACCGAUUCAUGUUGUUGCUGUCAAACUUGGAAUCACUGAAUCGAACAGAGCUUCUGGGGAUGCGAUUGCUGAAUUUAAUGAUUAUAAUGAUAUGGUUUCGGCGAUGAGUCGGAAUAAUCAUCGAAUUGGAAGAAGGUAUGGGAAUUUUGAGGUUGUUUUGGACGAAUUUUGAUCAGGAUUUGGCCAAAAAUUGACCAAAACGCUCUGGCCAAUUUUUGAUUAAUUUCACUGUUUUGGCCAAUUUCUGAUAAAAAAUUUUUUAGCCAGAAUUUGGCCAAUUUUUGAUAAAAAAAUUUCUCCAGAAUUUGGCCCUUUUUUGAGUAAUUUACUGUUUUGGACAAUUUUUUUGAUAAAAUUUGGCCAAAUAUUGACCAAAAAGCUGCGAUUGGCCAAAUUUCGGGCAAUUUUUAGUAAAAAAAUUCACGCUCGAAUCAAAAUUUUGAUUUGAGCGGGUAGCUAAUGAAAAUUCGAGAUAUUUUCAGAAAAUCUAAAUUUCUGAUCAAUUUUCAGCUCAAAAUUGCUCUUUUCUUGCCUUUCCGCAGCGUAAAUAAAAAUUAAAAAAAAAAAUUAAAAAUAAAAAUUUUCGACACAAAAUCGAUCCAGAAAAUUCCAUUUUCAUUCAAAAAAUCAGAAUUUUUUUCCAUUUUCAGAGCUCUAGAGCUCAAAAAUAGGCUCCAGAGCUUGAAAAUUGACAGAAAAUCGAUUAUUUGAGCUCGAGAGCUCGAGAGCUCAAAAAUAUGCUCAUGAGCUUAAAAAUUGACUGAAAAUGCAAUUUUUUGAGCUCUAGAGCUUGAAUUUAUGCUCUGGAGCUCAAAUAUUGCCUGAAAAUCGAUUUUUUAAGCUCUGAAGCAAGGAAAUAGGCUCAGGAGCUCGGAAACUGACAGAAAAUCGAUUUUUCUAAUGAAAAUUCACGCUCGAAUCAAAAUUUUGAUUUGGCCAAAACAGUGAAUUAACGAAAAAUUGGCCAAAUUUUGUCCAAACUCAGACUGAAAAAAUUUUUUUGAUUAAAAUUUGGCCAAUCGCAGCUUUUUGGUCAAUUUUUGGCCAAAUUUUAAUUGAUAAAAAUUUGGCCAAAACAGUGAAUUAAACAAAAAUUGGCCAAAACAGUAAAUUAACCAAAAAUUGGCCAAUUUUUGAUCAAAAUUUGGCCAAAACAGUCAAUUAAUAGAAAAUUGGCCAAAUUUUUAUCAAAUAAAAAUUUUUUUAAUCAAAAUUUGUCCAAAACAAUGAUCAAAAAGUUCAUCCACUAAAAAACCCCCAUUUUCAGAUACGUGGAGCUAUUUUAUACCCGCGACGCGCCUGGAAACAUGAAAAAAUUGAUGUGGAAAGAAGCGAGUGGUCCGAAUGUUGGAGCAGCGCCAGCUCUUGAUCCAGUCAUCAACGGAUGGUCGAACAAAGGAAACACAUCGAAUCGCACACCAAUCGGACCAGUUAUGCCAGAAGAGCAUCGAGGAGGUUAUGGUCCGGGAAGAGGAAGAGGCGGACCACCAAUGAGAGGACCAUCGGGACAUGAAGCAGCGGCGGCGAGAGCUGCGAGAGAUGCAUGGGCUGCGUAUGGGUAUGAUACAAGUGCACAAUGGCCGGCAGCACAUGAUCCGUAUGGUGAGCAGGAUUUUUUUGAAAAAAUUGAAAAAAAAACAAAAAAAUUGGGAUUUCCUAAAGGAUUUUCAUGAAAAAAACCCUAUUUUUUAAGGAUUUUCAUGAAAAAACCCUAUUUUUCUAGGAUUUUCAUUAAAAAACCCUAUUUUUUAAGGAUUUUCAUGAAAAAAACGCUAUUUUUUAAGGAUUUUCAUGAAAAAACCAUAUUUUUUAAGGAUUUUCAUGAAAAAACCCAAUUUUUUGAGGAUUUUCAUGAAAAAACCCAAUUUUUUAAGGAUUUUCAUGAAAAACCCUUUUUUUAAAGGAUUUUCAUGAAAAAAACCCAAUUUUUUAAGGAUUUUCAUGAAAAAACCUUAUUUUUAAAAGGAUUUUCAUGGAAAACCCUAUUUUCAAGUUUUGUAAAAAUAAAUUUUUCGUAAAAAUAUUUUUCGAAUUUUAUUUGUAAAACUUUGAAGUCAAAUUUUUUAUAGGAAAAAUUUGGAACGUAUUUUUUUCGGGAAUUUUAUUUUUGGAAAAAAAUUGGUUUUUUGAAAUUUCAUUUUUUUUCGGGAAUUUAGAUCGGGUGAACCAAAAUGUAUUCAGAUUCAGAAAUUAGAAUUUUGAGCAUUUUUUGAUAGCUCACCCCCGCAACCUGUAAUUAAAUUUUUGAUGAUUUUUCGAUCUCCAUGGCGACCUUAACUCCAAAUUCCCGCCAUUGGGGAAUUUACCCAAAAAUUUUUUCAAAAAAUUGAAUAAUUUCAAGGUUUUCACGGCCUUUCACAAUUUUUACCGAUUUUUAAAAGGCCGUCAAAAAAUUAUUCUGGAAAAUCCUAUUUUUGCCACGUCAUAAAAUCAAAAGUUUUCUAGAAUUUAUCCAAAACAUACAUGUUUCUUUACAGUUUUUCACUCUGAAGAGCAAAAAGAGCACAAAAAGAGCCCAAAACUCAUGUUAGACAAGAUUUUAUCAAAAAUUGAGUACAGGGCGAUGUUCAGGAGGGUCGAUUUGGUAAAAUGUGAAUUUUCAACCCUGAACAAACUAUUUUUGGUUGAAAAAUCGAUAUUUUAGCAAAUCGACCCUCCUGGAUAUCACCCUGUAUUCAAUUUUUUGACAAAAUCCUCGAUUUUGGCUCUUUUUGGCAAGAAUUGAGUUUUUGGUUAAAAAAUCGAUAUUUUAGCAGCAAAAAAAGCUGUUUUGGACAAAAAUUUCAUCAAGAUUUGAAGCUGAAAAACUGUACAAAAACAAAAAUCAUUUUAGCUGAUCGUCAACGUGAAGCACAUCCACAUCACGAUCCAUCAGCUGCCUCAUGGGGAUCUUAUCCUCAAUAUUAA